UAGGAUAAGAACAUGAAGUGGAGAAGGGGAGCAUUGGAUCCCACUGGGCCUGCCAAACUAGGCUGGAAAGAUGGCGGAGGAAGUAGUGGUGGUAGCCAAAUUUGAUUAUGUGGCUCAACAAGAACAAGAGCUGGAUAUCAAGAAGAAUGAGAGAUUAUGGCUUCUGGAUGAUUCUAAGUCCUGGUGGAGAGUUCGAAAUUCAAUGAAUAAAACUGGUUUUGUCCCUUCUAACUACGUGGAAAGGAAGAACAGUGCUCGAAAAGCAUCUAUUGUGAAAAACUUGAAGGAUACCUUAGGCAUUGGAAAAGUGAAACGAAAACCCAGUGUUCCAGACACGGCAUCUCCUGCCGAUGAUAGCUUCGUGGACCCAGGGGAGCGUCUGUAUGACCUCAACAUGCCCGCCUAUGUGAAAUUCAACUACAUGGCCGAGAGGGAGGACGAGCUGUCCCUGAUCAAAGGGACGAAGGUGAUCGUCAUGGAGAAGUGCAGUGAUGGCUGGUGGCGGGGGAGCCACAAUGGGCAGAUUGGAUGGUUCCCAUCCAACUACGUGACCGAAGAAGGGGACAGUCCUCUGGGCGACCACGUGGGUUCUCUGUCCGAGAAACUAGCGGCAGUUGUCAAUAACCUAAACACUGGGCAAGUGUUGCACGUGGUACAGGCGCUUUACCCGUUCAGCUCAUCCAACGAUGAAGAACUCAAUUUUGAGAAAGGCGAUGUCAUGGAUGUUAUUGAAAAGCCGGAAAACGACCCUGAGUGGUGGAAAUGUAGGAAGAUGAACGGAACCGUUGGUCUGGUGCCAAAGAACUACGUGACUGUCAUGCAGAAUAAUCCAUUAACCUCAGGCCUAGAGCCAUCACCCCCACAGUGUGACUACAUUAGGCCUUCCCUCACUGGGAAGUUUGCUGGCAAUCCUUGGUAUUACGGCAAAGUCACCAGACACCAAGCAGAAAUGGCAUUAAAUGAAAGAGGACACGAAGGAGACUUCCUCAUUCGCGAUAGUGAAUCUUCGCCAAAUGAUUUCUCAGUAUCACUAAAAGCACAAGGGAAAAACAAGCAUUUUAAAGUCCAGCUCAAAGAGACUGUCUACUGCAUUGGGCAGCGAAAAUUCAGCACCAUGGAAGAACUUGUAGAACAUUACAAAAAGGCGCCAAUUUUUACAAGUGAACAAGGGGAAAAAUUAUAUCUUGUCAAGCAUUUAUCAUGAUACUGCUAAUCAGAAGUGACUGCUGUACAGCUUUAAUUCUCGUCGUACAAUUGAAGAUGAGGAAAAUAGUGAUCCAGUCUGCUUGAUUGGAUAUUACUGUUUCUAACUCUGUAUGAGAAUUGACUAUAAUAUAUAAGUAUUUUUAUUAUAACCCAACCCAUACAUACAUACUACAUUUGCAAUGCAUUUGCAUAGAACAAGUCCUUAUCUUAGGUCUUGUAUUUUACUGUUUUCUUCUUGCAGUUUUUGUCUUUGCUUCUAAUAUUAAGGUUUUGUAUUUUGAAAAAAAAAUCAAAUGAUGCAGCUUAGAAAUCUUUAUAAGGAAGUUCUUUAUUGCCUUUCCUUUAUUUCCUUGUGAAGAUACCUUGUUAGUUUUGUCACGGACUCUCUUCAUAUAAAAUUAUAUAUGGCAUAUGCUAAAAUAAAUUUCUUGAAGAGUGUUAA